AGAGAUUGAAGAAGGGUGGGCUGAAGACUGUAUGUGAGAGAGAACGAGGGAGGGGGAGGUAACGAAGAACCGAGACACACUGAGCCAGUGUAGCAGGAAUCGGCACAGAGAUGCCGAGGGUCUUUCCAUGAAAGCAUAAACGCGCUCACGCACGCAUGGGUGAUGAAAGGCUUUUCAGAUGAGCCCAUAUUUUGAGUGACCUGAGAGAAGAGGAGGACAAUUUUCUUGCAUCUCUGUCUGUUUCAUGAGCAGCCAUGCCUGUUCUCUCACCUACCACAGGUUUACAUGAGAUGCUAGCCCUCCUCACUUCCCAGCUUCAUCCAGAUGCUAAUCAUAAAGAGGACAUGGUUUUCCUCAGGGAGGUCUUCAGUGAGAGGAGCCUCAGCUAUCUUAUGAAAAUCCAUGAGCGACUCAGGCAGUUCCAGCUCCAGAGCCCGACCCCAGUGCUCCACAGCGCAUCCUGCCUUGCCGAAGAUGUCACAGAGGAGCUACAGAACGGACCACUGGAAGAAGAUGAGAGAGAACUAUUAACACUUCUUACUGCUCCACAUGUGAAGGCAGUUCUAACAGUACAUGACAUAGUGGCGCAGAAGAACUUUGAGCCUGUGCUUCCCCCUUUGCCGGAUGAUCUAGAUGAUGAGCUAGAGGAGGAAUCAGUGAAGAUUGUGCGUUUGGUGAAGAACAAGGAGCCUCUUGGUGCAACCAUCCGCAGAGAUGAAGUAACUGGGGCGGUAGUGGUUGCUAGGAUAAUGAGGGGCGGGGCAGCAGACCGCAGUGGUCUGGUACAUGUUGGAGAUGAGUUGAGGGAGGUCAAUGGAAAUCUAAUUAUACACAAACGUCCUGAGGAGAUCAGUCAGAUUCUGUCUCAGUCUCAGGGCUCGAUCACUUUGAAGAUAAUCCCUGCCAUUAAGGAGGAGGAUAGAUUCAAGGAGAGUAAGGUCUAUUUAAGAGCCCUGUUUGAUUACACACCAUUUGAAGACAAGGCUACACCCUGUCAGGAGGCAGGACUGCCUUUCACACGUGGGGACAUCCUGCAGGUAGUGAGCCAAGAUGACCCAACAUGGUGGCAGGCCAAAAGAGUGGGAGAUAGCAACCUGCGUGCUGGACUCAUUCCUUCAAGACAGUUCCAGGAGAGACGACUAUUGUAUAGGAUGAAAAUGGGGACGAACCAGAGCCCUAAGUCACCUAGAGCAUCACCAUGGGACCAAACUUGUGAAAAAGAGGACUGUGACAGUGAGGGCAGUGUCAGUGGACAGCAUAUAGUUUCUCCAAAGUGUAAGGCGGUGGCACCGUCCUGUGGUCAGGCCUUUUCCUGGGAGUUUUACUCAGCUGGUCUAAGGCGAAGCUUCAGACUAAGCCGAAAGGAUCAUCAGGGUUCGACCAAAGAGUCUCGUCCAGCAGAGUCCACAGAGAGUGAGUUUUUCAUAUAUGAAGAGGUGACACUAUAUCAGAUGAGACCACAAGACAAACCAAGACUUGUGGUGCUGAUAGGAUCUCUUGGUGCUCGAAUCAAUGAGCUGAAGCAGAAGGUGAUUGCUGAGAAUCCUCAUCGGUACGGUGUUGCUGUGCCACACACAACAAGACCCAGGAAGAGCCAUGAGAAGGAAGGUGUAGAAUACCACUUCAUCUCCAAGCAAGCCUUUGAGGCUGACAUCCAAUCGAAUAAGUUUAUUGAACAUGGUGAAUAUAAGAAUAACCAAUAUGGGACAAGUCUAGAGUCAAUCCGGAGUGUCCUGGUGAGAAGUAAAGUGUGCCUAGUAGAUGUUCAACCUGAGGCUCUGAAAAUUCUCCGUACAGCAGAGUUUAAGCCCUAUGUGAUUUUUAUAAGGCCACGCAUCCCUGAGAUUUGUCGGCAACGUAGCUCUCCCACAUCACCAGGAAGGGGUGAUAAUGGACACAUCACAGAUGAAGACCUGCAGGACAUGAGACAGUCUGCCGAGCAGAUGGACCAGCAAUAUGGCCACCUAGUGGACAGGGUACUGGUAAAGGAGGACUCUGCCAGUGCCUGUGUAGAGCUGAGGAAUAUUCUGGAACGACUCGAGAGAGAGCCGCAGUGGGUGCCUGUCAGCUGGGUCCGCUCUUGAUCCUCCCUCCUUCCUUAAAUUCAAAUGCUCACAUAUGGUGUAAUGAAAACAUGUAUUGAACCUCUCUGCCUCUUUCUGAGUCUGCUGCCAGUUUCCGUUUCAUUCUGUUCGACUGAAGUAAUACAAAAGCAAAAUACAAAUGUCAGCUGACUUGUUGAAACUGGGUCUGUUGUACUGCGCUAGUAUAAGACUUUGCAUGAAAGUAGCAUUGACAAGAAGAAAUGUAUCAUUAAUAGCUGAAAGAAUUAGUUUUCUGUGGAAAAAAAUGGUUGUCCUUAGUUCUGUCAAGUGAGCUGCACAAAAAAAAAAAAAAACAUCAGAUGAGGAAAGCAUCACUUGAAUGUGAGGACAAACGCUGACUCAGGUUCCCUUUCAGUCGGUCACAUUCGACGUUACAAAAAGGGAACUCGCCUGAGAGCCCAAUCACCUUCGAGUGGUAUAAAAGGAGCAGCGCGAGCAACUCGCAAUUUUGCUUCGGAGACGAGCACAUCGCUUGCUGCUUUCACCCGUGUGUGUUUCAAGCAAGAGUCACUGGUGUUGGUGUGACGGCGCGAUCCAGCGGUUCGUCUGGGUUUCCUGCGACAGCUCCUGAGCGCUUCAACACCUCUGAAAGAGCUACUUCCUUUCACAAAAGAGUACAGGCCGAUUUGCGUCUUUUUAAAGAUGUCAUUUCGCCCAUGUGUUUCUGGGUGCGGUCGAUACAUCGCUCCUCGUGAGGCCACGAUUGCUGUGUCACGUGUCUGGAUGGCUCAUGUUCUAAUUGCGGGGACAUGACCAUCUCAGCGUUGAGAUUGAGACUCGAUUACCUUAAAAUGUAUAGAGUCCCCUCUGCCACACCCUGUUCUAGCUCUUCUUCUCGCAAGAGGGCUACUUCGGCUGGUGGCCAGGGUGAUCUGAGGGUUACCGUGUGUGCUUCCCCGAUAAGCCAACCUCCUCAGGCCACACCCCCCUCACAUACGCCGCAGCCGGUUGAGUUUCCGUAUGAGUUUGCUGGACCCUCUCAGGCUCAUGACAUCUCAUUUGGGGCUCGUGGAGAGGACUGUAUGUCGAUCGCCGCAUCACAAGGCGGGCUUGAGCCCUCGGCAGAUGACGAUUCGUUGUCCGAGUCCGAUCCAAAGCUGACGGCUGUGCUUUCCCAGGCAUCGAAGAGUAUCGGACUUGAGUGGAAGUGGUACCAAGCUGCCCUCCAAGCCUUGUAAGUUCUCGACCACGCUUGUGGCGAAGGCUUACAGAGCUGCGGGUCAGGCCGCUUCAGCCCUGCAUGCCAUGGCCUCCCUUUAGGUCUAUCAGGCCAAGCUACUCCAGCAGCUGCAGGAGGGCAGUGCUGACCCAGGGGUUUGUCAGGAGGCGCGUACUGCUACUGACCUCGCUCUCCGGGCGACGAAUGUCACUGCGCGCUCCUUGGGUCAGAUAAUGUCCAUUUUGGUGGUCCAGGAGCGCCACCUAUGGCUGAACCUGGCAGGCAUGAGGGAGUCUGAUCCAAGCAGCCUGCUAGCAUACAUCCAGCUGGAAUAUGCUACCCAGUGUAUUCUGUGUAAGCUAUAGGCCCCCACUCUUGCUGGCCUCACGACAGUGUGCUAUCACUCACACGGGUCGCUGGAAGACACUCAUGUGGCGUAUUGUAAGGGACCCAAUUCGUAACAUCAAACGUGAUCGGCUGAAAGGGAACGUCUUGGUUACGUAUGUAACCCUCGUUCCUACGUCCCCUUGCCACAUUGCUGUUCCGCUGAACAGCCGGGUCACUGGCUCGGCACCUCAGCGAAGACUUGAAUGCUAGUUACUCGCGCUGCUCCUUAUAUACCCGCUCUGUGGGGCAGAGCUCGCGAUGCAAAUUCCUUUGUGUAUCAUUGGCUUGUUUUGUACCAUUCAAAGGUGAUUGGGCUCUCGGGCGAGAUCCCAUUCGUGACGUCUCCGUUCCCUCCUUCAGGGAACGACGGUUACAUUACAUACCUUCCAAGAUGUUUCUCUCACUGUGUCAAAGCUGGUUUCUGCCAGGCAAACCAUCUAGUGUGAAAGUCUCUUGUUUUGUUAUCUUCAGCUUAUGCUGGCAGUGUAUAUUUAGUCAAAUGUAAAUGGGAAUGAUGUAAAAUAUCAUAUUGUUUAUUUGCAAACAACUUACAUGUUUAUACUUGUGUCAAAUAAAAUGUUGUAUUUGUUCACAACCUGUCAUAAUUUAGUUGUCCAUGUAAUUGUCAAAGUUUUUGAAUCAAACUGUUGACUAUGUCUGUGUAGUUUAUUAGACAAAUUCUACAUUAUAGUCAAAGAGCAUAAGGCAUGUUAACAUCUUUAUGGCCAUAUAGUACUGUUCAAAAUGUUAUGAUUGUGUACCCUUUUAGUUUAUAUGGAGUAUUUUUGAAUGUUAAUUGUUAUAAUAAAAAAUACAGUCUGUA